AUGCAUCGAGGCAUGACGCAGCUGCUGCUGUCGGAGGAGCAGCACGGCUUCGUGGAGAUCAUGAACGACAUUCUGGAUCUGAGCAAUAUCGAGGCAAACGAGUUUGAGAUGGGCACCGCGACUUCGUUGUCACCGACUGCCUCACCUACCUGGAGAGCAGCCUGGAUGCCAUCCGCUGCCGGCAGACACACCCCUUCGACCUUCCGCUCAUGGAUGUGCAGGAAAAAGUGUACAACUCGUUUGAAGGCUCUCUUGCUGUCCGCUCUACACUCACUCGUCUCAAACACCUGUGAAACCCCCACCUCAACUUACCGCAUCAACACUCUCCCUCACCUCCAGCACCUUAUCAGCUGGAUGGCUUGGCGUCUCAUCGCCACAGCACCGAUUCAACUCUCCUCCCCCACCCCGCAAACCCCUCAGGUGAUUGACUGCAACAACAGCAGCAGCAACUGUGUUGACGGCGGGUGGCCGACGGCAGCGCUGGACUACAUGGUGGACGCCACACGCCAGUGGGGGGGCCUCGCCGCCGAGACACCCUUCUUCCCGUACCUGCAGAGGCAGAGCAGACAUCUCAAAAAUCAUGAAUCGUUUUACAUAACGUAG